AUGUACAAGUACACCAUCGACGAACUAUUACAAUUGAAGCCAAGUGAAACUUUAGUAGCCAACUUUGAUGCAGUUGAUUUCAGAGCCAUCAUUGAAAAAGUCAAACAAUUACAAUCCUUGAAAGAGGAAGAAUUUGCUCACCAUGGUGGUCAUGGUCACUUCAACCGUAGAAGAUCUUCUCAUCAUCAUGCCGGUAGACCAAAAGUGAAACAUAAUAAACCAAAGGUCACUACUGAUUCAGAAGGUUGGUCUACUCUAGACAAUAAGAAAGAUGUUGCAGAAGAAUCCGAAGUAGUCGAUGGUGCAACUACUACUGCUGCUGGUACCACCUCGAAUGGGAACACUAGAUCUUCUCCAGUCCCAAGUGCGACCAUUGCUCAAGAGACUUUGAAAGUUAGACCUAAUAAUAAAAAUAUCGGUUCAAGUAGACCUGCUGAUACAAAGGAUAUCGUCGCUGAUAAGCAAAUACAUGGUUUCAAUGCAUUUGCGGCUUUGGAGAGUGAUGAAGAUGAUGAAUAA